CUCUCUCUCUCUCUCUCUGGAUUUGAAUGGCUACCUCAGUUUCUGUUUGCCCAGACGACGCGGUUGGAGGGUUGGACGAUGAGUACUCGAGGCCUGAAAAUGGGAAACAUAGUGGAAGGAGAAAGCCUAAAUCAAAUGAGAAGAAGAAACAGCCCCAGAGAGGCAUGGGCGUGGCCCAGCUCGAACGGCUGAGAUUGCAAGAGAGGUGGAAGAAGAUAUCGACCCACCACAACCCACUACUACUUCAACCUCACAAUAUCAAUCCCCAUACGAAUAACCACUACUUCGUUCCUGCUUCAUUCCCUGACCCGACGUCGUUUGUUAGCAGCUAUGGCGACGGCGUGGGUGUGAACCAGGGUUUCUUGCUUCCAAAGCUUGGAAAAGACGGGUUCUCUGGACAGGUGGGUCCGGGUCAGCUUCAGGUGGAACCAUAUGGGUUCGGGAACUCUAAUUCGGGUUUUGGGGCUGGAAAUGUGGCUCGUGAGACCUCGAAUGAGCUCUCUUCAAUGCCAAACGUGAAUUGCUACAACGGUCAAUGCGAUCUCUGCCACAAGAAGAAGCGCAUCGUGGAUGGAGAAAACUUAGGUUUCAAUGGAAUGAGGGACAAGUAUGCGGGCUGUAGAUUCCUGGGAUUUAAUCUCGGGAACAAGGAAAAACUGGAUCAGGAAACAGAGGUUUUGGCAGUUCAUAGGAAGGGAAUUAGUUCAGGGGGUGGCCAUGGAAGUGUGUUAAUGGAGUAUGAGUUUUUCCCGGCUGAGAAAAGUGGGUGCAGAGGAGCUACUAGCACUUGUUGCAAGGCUGUGGAAUUCGGGUUAUUAUUACCACCAGAAGAAGAUUCAGUUGCAGUUAGAAGAGGAGUGGAUGGUGGUGAUCAAGGGGAUUCUUUUUUGGCUACAAGAAAUGAUUCUACUGCCCGAUUUGGUGCCUCUAAUUCCGUUGAUUUGUCUCUCAAGCUUUCUUACUAG